UACCAAGCAACCAAGAACAAGAAAGAAGGAAGAAGAAUAAAGAUAUAUUAUCAUUGUGGUGGUGUUACUGAGAGAGUGCAAAUAACUGAGUUAUGGGCGAGUCAAGUGACUCGGUGUCUAUAGAUAUUGACAUGCUUCCUUUUGAAGGAAAGGAAUAUGUGGUGAAGACAAGUGGAGGUUCAAUAUCAGUGUAUGUUUGUGGUGAUCAAGAAAAGCCUGCUUUGAUUACUUAUCCUGAUGUUGCUCUCAAUUACAUGUCAUGUUUCCAAGGUCUAUUCUUUUGCCCAGAGGCAGCUUCUUUAUUGCUUCGCAACUUUUGCAUUUACCAUAUUGAUGCUCCAGGGCAUGAGUUUGGAGCUGAUGUCAUUGCUUCAGAUAUUCCAUUACUUAGUGUGGAUGACUUAGCAGACCAGGUUGCCGAAGUGCUCGAUUUCUUCGGACUGAGAGAGGUUUUGUGCUUAGGCGUAACAGCUGGUGCUUACAUCCUGACACUUUUUGCAAUGAAAUAUAAAGAAAGGGUGCUUGGUUUGAUACUUAUUUCCCCUAUCUGCAAAGCACCCUCUUGGACUGAAUGGCUUUAUAAUAAGGUCUUGAUGAAUUUGUUAUACUUCUAUGGAAUGUGCGAUAUAUUGAAGGAAUGCUUAAUCCAGCGUUACUUCAGUAAGGAAAUUAGGUGUGGCAUGCAUGAUGCUGAAUCGGACAUCAUUCAUGCCUGUAGAAGGUUGCUGAAUGAGAGGCAAAGUUUGAACGUUAUGCGCUUUCUUCAAGCAAUUAAUGAGAGACAUGAUCUUACGGAUGGCUUGAAGGAGUUGCACUGCAAGACACUCAUUUUUGUUGGCGAGAGCAGUGAGUUCCAUGAUGAGUCUGUGUAUAUGUGUGCCAAAAUGGGCAAGCAAAACUGUGCUCUCGUUGAGGUUCAGGCCUGUGGCUCACUAGUGACAGAAGAACACCCAUAUGCCAUGGUAAUCCCAAUUGAAUCCUAUCUAAUGGGAUUUGGCUUCUAUAGACAACCUCAUGUUGCUUCCUCAUCAAGUAAUGGUUCCAACCCUGCAAGUCCUUCGAGCCAUUCUAGUAUAGCACCAGAACUACUCUCGCCGGAGAGUUUGGGGAUCAAGCUCAAACCUAUCAAAACACGGGUGCGUGUUGAAGCUUGAAGUAUUCAAGCAUGAAUUAAUUAACAAAAAGCUUCAGAAUAAUCGAUCCGGAUAAAGAAGCUUUGCACAUAUAACCACGAUAAGUGUAUAAUUUAUGAUAAUGUCUAGGGAUAAUAUAUUCACAUUCUUUGAUUGUAUUGGAGGGGGAAAUUUUGUUAUGUACAAAAAUUUAUGUAGGCAAGUCUAAGGUAGCAUUUAUUUUAGCAAACGUUUAUGUUUUAGAUUGUGGAGGCAUCCUUUAGGGGAGGAUUUGUGUAGUAGAUACAUAUAGUGUCAUUGUUAUUAAUUCUAUAUUCAUUCUUAAAUAAUAAAAGGAAGAUAUUCUUGUGCUA